AUAACCUCUCUUUGCCCUACUGUUACUUACGCCAUCGUACCUUUUCCCAUUUGUGCUUCGAGCCUGUUGCAUCGUUGCACCGUUUUAGCGACGUUUGUCCAUCCAAGAGCAAGCAUAAAGAAAAAAUGCCCCGUGAAAUCAAGGAAAUCAAGGACUUCCUGUUGAAGGCGCGGAGGAAGGAUGCUAAAUCUGUCAAGAUAAAGAAAAAUGCUGAGAAUGUGAAAUUCAAAGUACGCUGUUCACGGUUCCUUUACACUCUUGUCAUUACGGAUAAGGAAAAGGCGGAGAAACUGAAACAGUCGUUGCCUCCAGGUCUGCAGGUUAAGGAAGUAAAACGAAGUGAGCGUAUGUAAAUGAAGAAAUAAAGAAACUUAAAAUAUCCUGUUUGUCAUUGA